AUGUGCAAUUAUAUUUAUAGAGAACUCAGCUGCCAGCAUCAUUACCAUCUGGUGCAGUCGUGGUGCUCCAAGUACAUCGAGACGGAGAAGCGGUGUCCGCCUACUAUAGUCUGCAAACAAUACCAUGGCGACGAGAUAUGCUCCGCCUGCCGGGAACGCCAAUUUCCCAGCAACCCUCCGUGGGCCAAGCUGAUAAGGCGCCCUGUUCAGUUCUCGUCGCAUCGUUUCCAGAUACCGGCCUAG